CCUCGGAAUUCAGGACCAGACAGCCAGCGUAUUUACUGUGAAAAAUAUUCUUCGCCUAGCCGAUCUUGCACUCCGCCACAAGGUUUUCUCACUGGAAACGCACGCGACUCGCUGGCGUGGACGCUAGCAAGUUGUGGUGUUACUAAGGCUGCGAUGCGAGCGUCUAUAUCGCGCAUCGCUCCCACCAGCGACUUGGCUAUAUGUGCUGCACACGAGGAACGUGCAAUCUCCUGUGAAAAUUUUCCAUCUACAUCCAUAGAGUGCUCGAUGAUGGAGAUGGACACGCCUGAGAGGAUCUUGUGCUUUCGACAUUUCCCGGAAAUGGACACAAUGUCCCCCAAAUUCAUCCUUCGUGUACACUUUCAGUUCAAGCGAGACGCGUCUCACGACCCUGAACGAAUAGCAGCAUUGGGGAAAUUUCAACAAGCGGAAAGCCUUCGCCGUGCGUUGUACGAAGAAAUAACGCGAAAAUUGAAAUACCUGCGAGGCAGAAAGGAACAGCUGCGAACAGAGUCCCUCCACUUGAAGGUACCACCGCCAAACGGUCGGGUUGCAGGAAGUUUUGAGCAAGUUAUACUUGAACUGGAGGGUACCAUGACUGCAAUGGAAGAAGAACUCGAAAAAAGAAUCGAAGAGGUCUGUAAGCUGGAACAGGAUCUGAGGGAGGCCAACAGAUCAUGCACCAGCUACAGAAACUGCGUAAAGAGAGCUCAAGACGAACUGAAUAAAAAGAUUGAAGAGAACCUCAGAGCUAUAAUACCAGAAGAUCACGCACCAGAAGUGAUGGAAUUGAAAGAACAAGUUGAAGCCAUCUUGGAACAAAAGAAGGCAGCCGAACUGGAAGAAGACAAACUUGAAGCAGAAAUACAGGGUACCAACUCAUUCAUGGAUACCACUGAGCCUCCCAGAGAUUAAUUCAUGUUCCCCCAACAACAACAACAACAAUGCUGUUGUUCAAGAUUCUCUUCCACCCAGCGACAGGUGAAGAAUAUCAGCCAGAGAAGAUCAGGCUUGCUUGCAUCACAUGUAAAACACAACUCCAUAUUAUUAUUAACUGUAGCUCACUCAGAGUUCGAAGUCAUGACUUUUAUUAUAUGUUCACAUAGUACAUAAAAAUGCUGAACACUAACGCUUUGUCAGUGGCGAAUAUGCUUGAAUUCACCAAGUAAUAAAUCAAGAGGGGUCUCG